UCACGUAUGGAAAUUAAUACACAGAUAACAACACAAACCGAUAUGUUUAUUGAUACAGUUCUUAAUGUAGACACUCCAGUAGACACUCCAGUAGUACCAUGAUGAAUUUCCGCACGCUGUGUGUCACCUUUCUAGGACACGUCUUGCUGCUGACUGCAGUCCGAGGGGCCAAUACCAUUUGCUUCAAUUGCAAAAAUCUAUCGGAUCCCAACGGUUGUAAGACAUUUGGUGACUGCCAGGCGGGACAGAAAUGUUACAAGGAGACGGUGGAAGCGGAGGACGGGUCCGCGGUGUACAACUGGGGGUGCGCCUCCACCGUGUUGUGCACACUGGAGAACAGCAUAGCCGGGAGGAAGAAGCGGAUUGGCGUAGAGCGCUGCUUCGAAUGCUGUGAUUCAAACUUCUGCAAUUUCGGAGGCUGCUCGAAAGACUAUUGCUCGACGAUAACGUGCCAGAACGGUGCCUCGUGUACAAAUACGGAGCUCAAAGGGGUGUGCCACUGCCGACCUGGAUACACCGGCAGAUAUUGCGAGACAGAGAUCACGGAAUGCAGCAGCAACCCGUGCCAGAACGGAGCCAUGUGCAACGAUUACAUCAACUUCUUCAACUGCUCAUGCAGGCCGGGCUUCACAGGGGCCAUGUGUGAGAUAAACAUUAAUGAGUGUGCGAGCUCCCCGUGCCAGAACCAAGCCACGUGUGUGGACGGAGUUAACGGGUACACGUGUUCCUGUAGGCCCGGGUACACUGGGGUCCACUGUGAAACAAACAUGAACGAGUGCCAAUCUCAGCCGUGUCGGAACGGCGGCACGUGUCGGGACCUCGUGGACAACUACACGUGUGCAUGUAUCCCUGGAAUCACGGGCCGCAACUGUGAGAUAGACAUAAACGAUUGCCAGAACGUCACGUGUCAGAAUGGAGGCACGUGCGUGGACUACAUACACGCGUUCAAAUGUCAGUGCCUGCUGGGCUUCACGGGAAUGUAUUGCGAAACCAGUCUUGGUCGAGUUUGUUACACGUGUGACGAUAUCGAUACGGUCGACGCCUGUAGGAACCAGACCAUCUGUGGACAGGGGGAGCAAUGCUACAUGGAACAUGAAUUGUUCGCUAAGGGCGAUUUCAACUUCAACCUUGGCUGUGUCCAAACGGACAUGUGUUCGGUGCUUCAAGGUCAAGGUCAGGGUAGGCGGUAUGGGGGUCAAGGUCACGAACGGAACACCAAGCCUAUUCAGCUCUGUUACGAGUGCUGCGACACAAACGGAUGUAAUCAUCACGCAUGCGUAGACUCAAGGGGCUAGGCAGGCUUCAACGUUGGCCCUUCUCGUGUGCGAAUUUCAAAGUUACCCAAAACAAUAGAGUAUUCUAUAUUAGUGAAUAUUAUUACUUGUAAAACGCACUCAGUGUUGCCACUUGAUUGGAAAAAACACACACACACAAUCAAACAGACAUUCCCUGUGAAUAAAUAACAAUAAGGUUUAAUUAGAAGUAUAUAUGUAUUUUAUGAACCCGAAUAUACAAGCAAACAUA